AUAUGUUAGCUCAGAGCAAUCCGUAUUUUCUUCGGUUUAUCAGUUCGUAUUGCCUAUCUAACCCUUUGAAUUUACCAUAAGUAGGGAUGUUUUAUAAUAAACCAUACAAAUGGGUCGGUAAAGAGCGUAAAAACGAUGUAUUUAGGUGUAAAUUACUUAAACCCGGACGAAGACAUAUUUUCAGCAGUUUGCAUUGCGAGUAGUUUAAUCGAGACGCGUUCUGGAUGAGAGUGUAGGAGACACAAAUCAGAUCCACAAUGACGACGCCUUACUCACCUGGCUUAACGUGCACACUACCUACGCCACUCUCCGAAACUUUCUUACAGAAUAACAACACGUGUAAUAGUUUAGAAAAUGUUACAAACGUGUUUUUGCGCUUCGUUCCAUGUCCACCGCCAUUUAUGAAUGUGGGGGAAUUUCGAUCAAAUGGGUCUGGAUUGAGAAUCUCUGAACAGAUCCUGUUGGCCAUUGUCACUCUCUGUAACAUUCCCGCAGAACCGGCUACGCCUACCACACCUAUCCUGACCAGUGAUAUUGUUACAAAUAUCGGCAUUAUCACAACCACUACAGAGAACCAAGUUACAACACAAAGAGAGACCACAAAACGUGUAACACCUAUCGACAUUAAAACAGUCACGCCCAACUGUCCGACUGCCACAAUUGAGAACCAGGAGAAGGAACAAGUUCCAUGUUCUGGUGACAUAACAAGCAAAACGCACAUUUCCGCUCUGGGAAAUCAAGAAGGAACUGUUGCUGGAAUAUGUUCAAGUUGCGUCUUUCUUGUGGUAAUUGUAAUCGUGUACAAAAAACACAAUGCAAAUGAACACGACCCACAUUCCGAUGGGCAAACACAAAACGCUUUCAUAAACGGAGGGUAUAUAACGUGUAACGUAGAAGACCUCAAAAUAACUAUUCAAUCCAAAAACACGUUCAUAGCCUCCGAAACGAGCAUCUCGACAAUUGAAACGCCCGAACUUAUGACUUUGACAAAUAUCGUCAUGACCACAACCACUACUGAGGACCAAGUCAAGGAUCAAAGAGAGACCACGAAUCGUAUUACACAUAUCGACAUGACCACAGCCACGCCCGACUUUCCGACAACCACAAUUGAGAACCAAGAUAUAGUUCAUAAAGCUUUGAACUCCAAACACGUCCAUUUUCAAGUAUCCGACGCUGACUCUGAUAACUGAUGCAUAUCACACUACCAAUAUAUUUCCCAAUGACAUUAGUUAUAAUAACAGAACUUUUGGGAGUAUACCGUCGGCGGAAAAUAUCAUAGGCAUAUGUAAUAGCAAUAUGUUUUCUAACGCUUUUGAUGUUUCGUUUCUUCAUACAAAGCUGAUUAGACUGGAGCUUUAAAACAUAGUUUAAAUUUAUACUCGGCGAAUAGCUUUAAACUCUUUAUUUUAAAUACUAGUGCCUAGGGGAAUAAGGAAAUGUAAUACAUAUGACAAACGGAAUGUUUCCAUCGAUCGAACAAUAAAUACAAAUAUUUUUUUUUUGGUUAACUAACGUACUGAAUAAACGUGCCGCUGUUAUAUUCUUUUAAAAUAUAUGUUUCAAGUUAUAUAUGCUCAUAUGAAAGUCUUGUAUUGCCUCCGCUGCGGAUAAGAGAAUUUAUAUUAAUUGCCAUCAUGAGCAUUGUGUAUCCAUUCAAAAUAUAUAUAAAUGUUAUAGAUUUUCUUCGACAGAGAUGUAAUGUGUUCGAGAACAAAUGGGUUGAGAAUUAUAUGUUUUCUUCAAUAUGUGACGUGUUUUGUGGACGAGUUGGGAAUAUGCGUAUGCCAGCUCAUUUGAAAUAAGUAAUUUAUAUGGCUCGAUGAAUUAAUAUUUUAUUGUUUUAAAAAACAACAGUGGUUUCUAUGCGAGGACAAUUUGAUAUUUUAUAAUAUUCAGUAUCUGGGAACAACACUAUUAAUCGUUUGAAUAGAGUCGUUCUAUGAGUAUUCCUCAGAUACAAAUUGUAACUUGUAUUGUCCUUGUAAAAUCAAAUGGGUUUUAUUUGAAAGGUAAUAAAGUAAUAAAAAUCGUUUUAUUAUCAGUAGUUAACGCAGAACAACAACAACAAGUUUUGUAUGAAUCGGUAACGGGUGUUAUGAAUAUAUAGAGUUCCAAUCCUUAGAGAAGAUUUUACAAUGACUCUUUUAUAUACAUGCAUCAUGUUCAGUCUUUCUUGCUUUAAGUCUUAUUUGAUAUCAUGAAUUAAGUAUAUGUACUCAGAAUUGUAACGAUCUAGAGCCAUACUUUACCGAAUCCAAAUGUCUAGACCUUAAUACUUGUAUUAGCAAUAAACAAAUAUCAUCCCAAGUUAAUGUAAACUUUAAAGCAAAUGGCUCAUUAGAUAAAACUUCAAAUUGAACUUGCUUAAAAUAUAUGAUAUGUAUGUAUCGUGCAAUUAAAACAAUUAACCAUACAGUGCUUGAAUAUGACUUAAAUGCGGAUCAUGUUUAUAUAUAACAGUCUAUCAUGCCUCGCUUUUCAAUAGUCAACUAACAUGGGAAGAAGUUAUUUGUUAAUUUAGUUUAGGUUAAUUUAUUAUCACCCUUUUCAUCUAAUGCAAAUUUACUUUUUGUGCGUUUUUCUUUCCUCCCGGUUGUAAAAAUUGUUAUGCCCAAUAGUAAUCACAUAUUGCUCCUAUGCUUGAUUAUCAAUGGUUAUUCAAUAUAACUGUGUGUGUUUUUCAUAAUGAAUUUACUUACCAUGCUUGCAUUUGCCAAGAUCAGCAAGUGGACGCUAGUCCAUUCUCGUGGUCGACAUAAAUUCAAACCUGGCGAGUUGUAAAGCUGUCUUUUUUUAUUUAUUAAACACUUUGUAUUAUUGUAAUAUUAAAUGUGUGUGAACUAGUGCAAUAAUUGGGAUAUUAUUUGUAUUCAUAUUUCAUAGUACCGCAUGUUUUGUUCUGUUUUUUAAUAUAUUGUAAUUGUUUUGUUAAGGUCUUUCUGUCAAAUAAUUAUAUUGGUCGAGGUGUGAAAACAAAUAUGGACUAUGUUUGCCAUGAGCAACCACCACCCACCCAAACACACUCUAAAUUAUUUUGUGUUAAUGCUGAUGUUUAUUUGUUGUUUUGGUUUUUGAUACUAUUUUUGCAUGAUUUAUUAAAUAUGAUGUUGUUUUUCUCAUAGUGUCUAGAUUUGUUCAGUUACUUAACAGGAUAUUUGUUGCCAACAUUUUCAUAUGAAAAAACAUAAAUAGAUGUAAACACUUUUCAUGCCAAUUUUAGUUAAAUUAUUAUGUGUAAUUUAUAUAAACGGACUUAAAUUAACAAAAUCAAGUUUGACCACAGGGGCAUGAUUUAAACAAAUUUUGUUUUGUUGAUCGAAUAAUACAAAAAAAUAUUUAGUUUUGAGUUACUGCUUCACCUUCAAGAACAUCCAUAUUUUCACAAAUGAAUAUGACAUAAUCAUGCUGCAGUUUAGCAUUUUAGAUAUACUUAUGAAAUAUAUUGUAUUGAUAUACAACUAUCAUAAGCUGCAAACACGUAAGAAUAGCACGCACUAAAUCAUUUAUAAAUGAAAUCAAUCAGGCUCGAACAAGUUCGAACAAGUUCACAUGGCUUAGUUUCUAUUGCUCACACAAGCCUAAAUAUAUUCAGAAUUACAUAGUGCCAUAAAAAAAGUUCAGCGAUGCAAACAUAUGCCUAAAUAUCCGAAAAUGAUGUAAAGCUCAUGAUAAACUUGUAUUGUUACACACUAUAGACAUGGUACGUAGACAGAUCACGAAGUAAGAAUUCACCAACACAUUUGAAUUGAAAAUACGUUUUCUAUUAUGUAAAAGAA